GAUAUUUAGGAAGCCUGGGUCCAGUGAUGUUCUUUUCCCAAUCCAAAAGCCUAAAAAGAUCUCACAGUAUCUUCACCUCUCCACUUUAAAAUUCCAUCCCCACUCCUCAAAAAUCUCCAACCUAUUCAACCAGAUACAGCACCAACAAUGGAGUCCGAAGCUGUGAGACGAAGAGUAAACAUCAUUGCUGCACACUUCGCUCCCGCCGAUGAUAUUUCCUCCACUCACCUCCUCCCCAUGAAUUGCAGCGGCAGUUUGAAUUCUGUAAUCCCAAGAUGUGAUAACAGAGUGUACUUUGCAAGGCAAUGCUCAGCUUCUCAAGCGUUCUUUAUGAGACAGGGUUCAACUGAGCAGCCUGGUGGUGGCUUCAAAUGCACAGCUUCUCAAGCACCGUUGUUUUCUAGGCCAACCAAGAUGGACGAACAUAAACCACAUCAGCAGAUCCAAUCUCCACCGAACGAUUUCAAAUCUGCUUUGCCAGCUGAGCCAAAAACUCCUCCUUGUUUUGCAAGACCGAGUUCAGGAAUUAGUAGAAAGAAGCAGCAAUCUCUUUCCAAUAAGAAAAUUUAUUCUCCCCAGCCUAAUGGAAUUGAGUGGUCACCAAGGAUGGAUGUUGCAGAAUCUGAACGCAGUUAUGUUCUGACAGUAGAGCUUCCUGGAGCCGAUGUCAAUGACAUUAGGGUGGAGGUCAAUAACCACAGUUUACUAGUGAGGGGCAAACGCAGCAUCCAGAAAUCAGAGCAGUCAAUCUCAGCAUAUCACAAGAGAGAGAUUUUACUAGGACGGUACCAGGUUGUGUGGCCAUUUCCAUCUAAUGUGAACAGGGACAAUGUCUCUGCUGAGUUUCUGAAGUCAUGAUUCUUCAGCAGUUUGGGUUAAAUAGAGGUGCGAAGAAAAACAAGUAACUCAAUAAAUAGGGUAUUGAAAUUUGGAGCAUGAUUGAAAGAUAACAAGAGUCGAAUCUUCCCAAUCAUAUAUAGUUUGAUUUUGUUUCCCAUCAUUUUCUUGCCAUUUCUUGAUGCUUCUUGUUUGAAAAUUAGAUUCAACCUCGUUUUAUUUUCCUCGUUUGUCUUAAAAUUAAUAGCCAACGAUGACAUGUGAUAACAUUCGAGAAGGGCAAAGAAAAAACGAUAUAAUAAAUAUGAACACAUUUAUGAUAAUUUGUCAAGUUGUCAGCUUUUUAUCACUUUAAAAAUGAGUUUUUUUUU